AUGGAGGGGUGUGUGUCUAACCUAACGGUCUGCAAUCUGGCCUACAGCGGAAAGCUGCAGGAGUUGAAGGAGGAGAUCCUGGCCGAUAAGUCCCUGGCUACUAGAACUGACCAGGAUAGUAGAACUGCAUUACAUUGGGCAUGCUCAGCGGGACAUACAGAAAUUGUUGAAUUCUUGCUGCAACUUGGAGUGCCAGUGAAUGAUAAAGAUGAUGCUGGUUGGUCUCCUCUUCAUAUUGCCGCUUCUGCUGGCCGGGAUGAGAUUGUAAGAGCCCUUCUGGGAAGAGGUGCUCAAGUGAAUGCUGUCAAUCAAAAUGGCUGUACUCCCCUACAUUAUGCAGCUUCCAAAAACAGGCAAGAGAUAGCUGUCAUGUUACUGGAAGGCGGGGCUAAUCCAGAUGCUAAGGACCAUUAUGAGGCUACAGCUAUGCACCGGGCAGCAGCCAAGGGUAACUUGAAGAUGAUUCAUAUCCUUCUGUACUACAAAGCAUCCACAAACAUCCAAGACACUGAGGGUAACACUCCUCUACACUUAGCCUGUGAUGAAGAGAGAGUGGAAGAAGCAAAACUGCUGGUGUCCCAUGGAGCAAGUAUUUACAUUGAGAAUAAAGAAGAAAAGACACCAUUGCAAGUGGCCAAAGGUGGGCUGGGUUUAACACUCAAGGGAAUGGUGGAAGGUUAA